AUGGCCGCCAAUCCUCAAGAUACCCCAGUCGAGGCCGCCAAGGAUGUGGACGUCAAAACCGACGACGCGCCCACCGCUUCACAGACCACCGACCCGAACAAGGCCACCGGCUCUGAGGUACCUCCGGCUCCCACCAAAGUCAACGCCGGCAUGAAUAGACUCGCCGAGCGAAUGAUGAAGCUCGAGAACGGCCGGCCCAAGCCCAACCCCUUCCCACCCUGCGAACCCCUCAACAUCCCCCGCCGCAACCGCACUUCUUACGCAAACAACUCUCCCUUCCAGCUCACUGCCGAAGACUGGCCCCUCCCGGAACCAGCCGUUGCAACCGACAACAUCGUCUCGACAGACCCCAACAUCCCCUCCAUCCGCGUUAAGAACACGGACCCGGAGGCGGGCUCCAGCAGCAACGUCCCCCCGGUCAAGACCGUCAACAUCCAGUCCCCUCACCACCUGCAAGUCGUCGACAUUCGGACCAGACCAGCCCCGAAGGCUAACGACGCCACCAACACCACGCCUGCCAAGAAGGACAAGAAGAAAAAGACCACCUUCUGGGACAAGCUCGACCGCAUCCUCGGUCUGCACCGGGUUAGAGCCUUCGGUGACGAGACGGGUAACGGCCGGCUCGUGGCGAAGAAGUCCACCUACCGCACGAUCCUGCUCGUCGGCAUAGCCCUGAUGGUCAGCUUCCUCGCGUCCAUCAUCGUGGUCGUCGCGGACGGCGGUCGGGGCGGGGAGCCUGAGAUGGGCGCGGGGUGGUGGGCGUGGAUGGCCUGCAGCGCGGUGGGCUUCGUAGGCGCGAUCGUGAUGUUUGUGUGGGCUGUGCAGCACAAGAAGAAGGUGCUCUUCCACGUCAAUAUCCGCGCACAGGUGUUGAGGCAGCUGGAGCGGGCGGACGUGGAGAUGAACUUGGUCAGUGGACGGCCGAGUAAUAAUGAGCAGCAGGCGCAGCGGGCUCAGGCUGCGGCCGAGGGAAAGGGUACGAAGUGCUUGAAGACUGGCGACGUUUACAAGAAGGGAGAGUGGGCGGAGAAGAAUUGA